AUGAAACAGAAAUUUACAUUACAGCCAGGGAAUCUCUCGCUUUCAGAGAAGUUUUUCCCUCAGAAGAGAGCUGCACAGGAACACAUGCCUCCUCCGAUGCCACCGAUAGGCCCAGCAUUCAUGCCUCCCCCUCCAGGAGUGUUGCCUCCUCCGGGCGUACCAGCUGUACCCCCGCCACCGUUUAUGAUGGCCCCUCCCAUCCCUAGCAAAGAGGCCAAGCGAAUUAAGUUCAAUGACGAGGAGAGCGAUGAGAAUGAACUUUUCGCCAAGUUGCUUUACAAAAAGCUGAAGUCGAUUACUAGCAGGAAGCGUUUGGAGAUUUUGCAUGUUUCCAUAAUGGAAAUGGUCAGACAGGCGCAAGAAGAGGACGAACGUGAGAGAACUGUCACCGGUAUGGAUCCGAAUGGACCACAGAUGAUUUAG